UUUUUGAAAAAUUUAAAAUAAUAUAACAAAGAAAUAUUAAUUUAGAAAUUUAAAUUUAAAAGUUUUCAAAUGACAAAAUUUCAAUAAAAAAUAAUUUACAAAAAUAUUUUUCCCAUUAAAAUUAUUUUAUUUUAACACUCACAUUAAAUUUAGAAUUUAAUUCAAUUUCACAUAAUAAUUUAUUACAAUAUUACACCAUCAGAUGUCAUUGCACAUAGAUGUCAUUGCAAAUUAAAAUAAAAAGUGAAUUUAAAUACAAAAUAAGUAGAACUAGUGUCAAGAAAGAGAGGGGGAAAAGCGUGAGAAUAAAAUAUUUAAAAAGUAAAAUUUUAUAUUUUAAUUUUUUCGAAAAAUUUUCUAUAAACGAAUGAAUUGCGAUGACUUAAACUGAUGAGAUAAUAAAUGAAAGAGUAAACGCGAGUAUGAUGACAUUUUGGGAUGAUCACAUUUUUUUUAUUGUAUUUUUACAACUUUUAUUAUUAAGAUUCGUUUUUGAGAAAAUUCUAUAAAGAAAUAACAGAACAAACAAAACGUCGAAGAUUUCAUCCGUUAAGAAAUUUACGUAGAAUAUUUCGCCGUAGAACAUUAACAAGUCCUAUUGGUAGUAAUGGUAAUAAUGAUACAUCAUCAAAUGCAACACAAAGUAAUACAACAACACCAACCCAUAAUUCAUCUUCAAUAUUACUUGAAAGAACUAUACCAAAUUUAACUUUAUCAUCACCAUCAUCGCCAGCUAAUUCGACGACGAUAUCACCAUAUAUUCUAAUGAAAAGUCCCACCGUUCCUAAUUAUAGUACAUCACAGCAACAGCAGUAUAUGCAAGAACAUCAACAACAAAAACAAACUGUACCUGCGCUUUCAUCAUCACCAAAAUUAAUUAUUUCUUCAACAACAACAACAGUACAUCAACAACAAAAUCAACAGCAACAACAAUCAUUAAGUGGUAGUUCGCGAAAUAAUAUUGGAAUGUCUGAACGUAGCCCGUGUGGUGGUGUUAAACUUUUACCAACAUCAGGUUUUCCAUUAAAUUUUAGUCCAUCAUCGGAUAUAUUUCAUCAUCAUAAAUUGCAACAGAAACAAUUACAACAGCAACAACAAUCUCCAACUUCUUCGAUUAAUUUAAGUAUUAGUCCUCGUAAAUGUGAUAAUAAAAUUAUAAUGAGUAAGUCAUCAACACCAUUGGAUUCAAAUAGAAAUAAUGGUAGUAAUAUAAGUAAUAGUAGUAACCAUAAUAAUAAUAAUAAUAACAGUAAUAAAAAAGAAUCAAUGGAAGAUUUAGAUGCAUCAGUAGUUAAUGAAAUUAAUUGUGAAAUGAAUGAUAAUCAGAGGAGUUUCAGUGAAGGACGACUCAUUGAUAGUGAUUUUACUCGUGAUCCACUUUCACAGUCACAUGAUAGCAUUUUUUCUGAGUCAGCAACAGCAAGUAGCUUAUCGAUUGUACUUAAGAAUGAACUUUUUGAUGUUUUACGUAAAAGACGUAAUCGUCCCGAUACAUCAGAUGAGGAUUUAGGUUUACCAAGAAGUCCUGCAACACCACAGCGUAAAGACUUAACGACAACAAUUACGACAUCAAGUACAGCAAAUUCAAGUACAAAUGCUCAAAAUCAAAGUGAAAUAUCAUCAUUGAGUUUAUUAAGUGCUGGUAGCUCUGAUAUUGAUGAUGAAAUAUCAUCAAAUUAUGGUGAUUCAAUAUCAAUUGAUCGAACUGCAUCAAGUACAUUGUCUUCAUCUGUGAAAAUUUUGCAAACAUCAUCAUUCGAAACAUCAAAAACAACAUUCGAUGAUUUAGAUUUAAGUGUAACUGAUGGUAAUGCAAUUGGAACUGGACGUCUAAGUCAUUCUGCUGCUAAACACAAAAUGGCUAUUAGACCGAAAAAGAAUAAAGGACCAACACGACAUCGGCGAAUUGAACCCACACUUUUACCUUCAACCCCAGAAGUUAAUGAAGAUUCUUUAAGAAAUUUAAUUUCACAAGAUAUCAAAGAAUUAUCUAAUAAAGAAAAAUCACGUUCUUUACCGCAUGGUAUUAGUCCUAAUUUAAUGAAUCAACAAGGUGAUAGUCCAACAAACAGUAAUUCUACAUGUGGUAAAGAAUCAAAUAUAAAACGAUCAAAAACAGAAAAAGGAAUACCACAGUCAAAUUCAAACUAUUUCCGGAAUAUUACAAAAACUGGAACCAGUGAAAAGGAUAACAACACAUCAAAACCACAAAAUGAGACUGGAUUUUUCAAGCGAUUUUUACAUCGCGGAUCUAAAGGUAAAGGUAACCCAAAAUCUUCUACUCAUAUUUCUUCUAAUAUGGAACAUAAUUUAGAUGAACUUGAUGAUAAUCAUUACGGUAAAUCCAAUUUAAUUCAAGGUCUACAACGUGAAGACAUUAAUCUCGAAUAUUCCAAACAAGUUGAACAAACUCGUAAUGAAAUCCGACGUGAAAUUAUGAAUGAAGCAAAUACUGGUCUAAGUUUAAUGUUAAAUAAUUUUAUAUUAUCGAAAUCAGAGACUAGUAAUAAUAAAAUGAAUGCAGAAAAACCUAUUCCAAGCCCAUCAAAACCAAUAAUUUCAGCUAAUAAACCAAAAUCUGGUCCGGCUGCAAGACAGAGAAUAAUGCCAAAAGAUAUAACAACAUCACCAAAUUCAAGUUUCAAAAGCUCUUCUGAAAUAUUGGAACAACAUUAUAAUAAUUCAAACCAGCAACAACAAUAUGAAGAUGAACAGAAAGUCAAUUUAAAACAGAGAUUUUCUGAUAGUUCUGAUGGUAGUCGUGGCAGCAUGGAUAUGUUAAAACUUUCUAAUAUUUCACUAUCGACAUCUCCAGAUUAUAAGUAUAAUUCAAGAGGUUCACAAAUGAACUCUUCAAAUGAAGAAAUUUUUAAUUCUGAAACUUAUAUAAGAGAUAUUUCGGAAAAUUCUAAAACUCAAACAGAACAUUUCGAAAAACAUCAUCAUAUCACACAAUCAAAAAGUGUCAAUUUAUAUCAACAAAAAUUACAUCGUUCGGAAAAUUUAUUGGAUACUCUAUUAGAAGUACCAACAAAACAACGAAAAUCUGUUGAAAAAUCUAAAAGUUUCCGACUGUAUAAUGGAAAUAGCAAUAAUUUUGAAAUUAAUUCUAGUCUACAGAAAGCCGACAAUAUGCCAAGUUUACCGGAUCUCACAUUUUCACGGAAAUCAUUUGAAGAUUUAGAACAUGCUGAAGAAGCUUCACUUUCUUUAGGCUUUGAAAUAAAUGACAAUAAUUUAAUUAAUAAAAAUUCACGAAGCUGUACAUCACAAGAAGAUACAUUCCCUUUGAGACAAGGAAUAUUCACUAAAAACAUCAUAUUAACUACGGUUAAUCCAAAACAAAGCAAAAAUAUAUCAGAAAUUGAAGAAAGCAUUGAUAAACUCUUAGUAAAAUCACCACCUCAGUUGAUAAUGCGAAAAUCUGCUAGUGCGAGCGAAAGUAUAAACAGUAAUACACAAGCUCAAAAUGUUAUUGUUACACAUAUGUAUCGUAAAAAUAGCCCAGAACGACAUCAGACGUCAUCUGAAUUUAAAGUACCAUCAGCUAGUAUUUCAAUACGUAGCGAAGCAAGCAAGCCAAUAAGAAUAUCAAAUCAAUUGUCUGCAAAUAAUCUUAGUGCUAAAGAGAAUCGUAAAUCGUUAAUUGAAAUAUCUAAAUAUAACGAUGUAGAGCCCUUGGUGAAAAGCAAUUCUUCCGUAAUGUCAAAAUCAUUAGAUUCCAAAUCUGGUACCGAAUCAAUGUUAGGUACUACAAAAAUACAAUUACUUAAGGGAUCUCAACAGAAUUUGAAACCUGAUAAACAUUUUGGAACUAAGGACACUACUACAUCCUUGUCUCAUUCUAUAAAUGUUAGAAAAACUUUUGAAAACAAGUUGAGUGAACCAGAAAAAGAAAAACGGAAAUCUGUUGAUUUGGGAGAAAUUAAAAAGGUGUUUACACCGAAAGUUGAAAGCUCAGAGAGACUGACUCCUAUUUUACGGCAAAAUAGUAAAGAAGAUGAUGCAAAACAAGUUGAUCGAGACUCUAAAAAUAAUAUUACAAAAUCAAAUCGAAGUCAAUCGAUUUCUGAAAAGACAGCUGAGGAUAGAAGCGUUCCUGAAUUUAUGAAAAUUCAACUGAACAAAGUUGCUGAACCUUGUCGACCAAAAACAAACAUAGUACUUUCAAAAAUUAUAAAACAACCAGCCGAAAAUGAAGGAAGAAAGUUAAGCCCAUCACCACCAGAAACACCAACUGUAGAAUUACGUCAAACCAGUUAUGAUAAAAAUUCAUCUGAAACUAAACCACCAUUACCACCACUGGUCACGGAAUUAGAAAAGAAGCGUAAUAGUUAUGUUUCUAAUAUUCAAGAAACAACAACAUCUACAUCGAGUAAAUCAAAUGUUUUGGCAACAUCACGUAUACGAAAAUCCUUUGAAGAAGAAGAAGUUGUUGUAUUACGUAAUCACUAUUCAACUGAGAAAUCACAAAUUUCAUCAGUAUCACCAAAAUAUGAACGUAGAAAAUCUGUAAAUGAUGAAAAAUUAAAAUAUGAAAAGAAAAUUGAAGAAAUGCAAAAAUCUGAAAGACAUGCGUCAGUUGAAUUAAGAAAAUCAUCAAUACAUGACGAUUAUACCAUUAAUAACAACAAUAGUAGUAAUAACAAUAACAAUAACAAUAUUAACUCCAACAAUAUUACAUUAUCACCUAGUUCAACCGCUAUUCCAGCUGCUGUUUUAAUGAGGAAAAAGUCGUUAAGUUUAGGAAAUCAAGUUGAAAAGAAUAAAGAUGAUUCAACACCGGAACUAAUGAAAGUUUUUGCUCGUAGAUCUUUAAAAAUAAAAGAUGAAGAUAUUCAAGCAUUUAUUGAUGAAACAGCAACACAAGAAACAAAAAGUAGAUUAAUAAAAACUACUUUUAGUAAUAAUAAUAACAACUGCAAUAUUGGUAGUGGUGUUAGCGGUGGUGGUAAUUUAGAUAGUGAUAAAGAAAAUCAAUCGUCAAGUGAAGAAAAACUUAAUAAAUUAACGAAAAUUGAACAACAUCAGCAACUAAAUCAAAAUAAUAAUAAUCAGAAAUUAGUCACUUCAAAUAUAUACGGUCAAAAAACAAAUCAACGUGAAAAUAAUGAAAAAAGUCAAAAAACUUUAAAUUCAAUAAAUAAUUGCCAAAAUAAUAAUAAUAAUAAUAGCAGCAGCAAUAAUCAUAACAUAAACAGUGGAAGCACCGGUUUUAAUAUAUUUAACAGUAAUAAUAACAAUAAUAAUAACAACAGCAAUAAUAAUAACCACAACAACAAUAAUAACAACUUACAUUCCACACCAACAAAGGCAUUUAAUCGUUUUAGCAGUAACAUUCAUAAUAAUAAUAACAAUAAUAAUAAUAACAUUAAUAACAAUAAUAGUACUAAUAGUAACAGUAAUAACAUUAAUAAUUUAAUCAACAGUAACAGUAGAAAUUCUCUAUCAACUAUGAUACCAUCAUCUAAUAACAAUAAUAAUAAUAAAAUUGGUAUAACAUUAAGAACAUCAAAUAUAUCAUCAAUGACAACAGCUGCAACACCAUCAACUGGAAGUAUAAAUAAUAAUUUAAAUAAUAACAAUGACAGCAAUAGUAAUAACAAUAAUAGUAACAAUAAUAGUAACUAUCAUAAUAGUGGUGUGCUAAAUCCUUUAUAUAAUAAAAAAUCAAAUGUACGUCAUACAAUUGGACCAACAAUUACAACAACAGCAAAUACUACAAAUUUAAUACAUAAUUCACAUAAUAUAGAAUCAACAAAACAAACAAAUUCAAUUAAUAUACCACCAAUAACAGUAACACAAGGAGGGAUGCCAGCAGAUGAAGUUGAAUUUAAAGGAAUAUUACAGAGGCGUGCUGAAUGGGAGAAACGUGUUAAAGAAGCAGCAAAGUGAUUUUAAAAUUAAAUUUACGCAAACAUUACGUAAUUAAAAAUUUAAUAAGAAAUAUUUAAAUUAAUUGUAUAAUUAAAAAAAAAAACUAGAUUUAAAUGCAAAAUAUAAUUUGUUUGUUUUAGUUUUUGUUCGAUUAACUAUAAAUUUAAGCUUUUAUUCUUGGUUAAAUAUGAAAAAAAUUUAAAAUUUUUUUUCAAUAUCUAAAAAUUUAUCUCUUUCGCAUUUUCAUUUUAAAUAAUAAAAAUAUUCUAGUUUUAAAAUAAUUACUAAAAAACAAAACUUAAUAUUAAUUCAAUAAGUUUUUGAUUUUCACAUUUUUGUUAAUAUUUAAAUUUUUUUUAAUUUACUUAAACAAUUUUUUUUUUAAUUUUUUAUGCAAAUAAUAUUUGUGAUUUAUUAAAAAUUUAAUAAUAUGUUGACUGAGAAUUUCUAAAUAUUUUUAAUAAUAUACAGAAUAAUAACAUUAUAAAAAAAAUGAAAAUAAUUCAAUUUGUUCGAUUUUGUCUAUUUUAAAAUCGAUACUAUUUUGCAAUGUUUAACUAUUUCCAUAAUUUUUAUAGCUCUUUAAUAUUUACAUCACAAUUUAUAAUUUUUUAAAAAAUAAUCUUUAAAAACUCUGAAAACUUACUGAUUAUUAUCUAAAAAUGCAUGUAUUCAAAAGAAAAAAACAAAUUAAUCUGUCCAAUAUUUAAAACUAAUGUCAAAAGCACUGCUAAAAAAUGUAGCCAGACACAUAGAUACUUGCUUACAUUUCAAUUAGUAUUUUUAGUAUAUUGGUGAUAAUAGCUUAUACAAUAUUUUAGAAUUUUUUGUCCAAACAUCAUGACAAUUCUCAAAAUACAAAAUUUUAAACUACUAUUAAAAAAUUUAAAUGUAUUAUAAAUGAAAAAUAAAAUAUUGUGUGUUUAAUAUACGUGUUCUCUUCAUACUAACAACUAAAACUAUUGUAAUAAAAAAUUUUCUAUUAUAAAUUUACAAUAAAUUUUUUUAUUAUGAAGACAAUAUUUUUAUAUAAUUAAAUUCAGUAAGAUGAUAUUUAACUCGGACAAGAUGACAUUUUAUUUUGUCGCAAAUAUCAAAAUUAUUGAUUGUUUUUUUUUUCAAUUGCUUUCAUUUUAAAUAUAUAAUGAGUUUUUGAAGAAUUUUUGAAAAUAAAUAAUAUAAAAAUAUUUUUGAAUAAUAUAAAACUAUUUGCGCUCUUGUAUUUAAUUUUUAACUUUAAAUAUAACAAAAAAAUUAUUACAUUUCUAAUAUAUUUUAUUAAUAUUUAGUAUGUAUGUUAAAAUAAAUAUAAAAUAAAAAAACAUAACUAAACUAGCGUAACUGAGAUAUUAAGUUAUUUGUUAAAAAAAGCAAAGAAUAUGCGAAAAUUUAUGUGAUUUAUUAAAAUGAGCAUGUUUGUAAUAUUUAGAAUGAAAAAUAAAGUACUAAAAUAUAAAUAAUUAGAAAAAAUAUAUGUAUUACAAAAUUAAUGGCAAAAAAUAUUUUAUAUUUGGUUACAAAAAGAAAUAUUAGUGACAUAAAAUUUUGAGAUUUUUUCUCCUUAAAGCCUCUAUCAAAUUGUUUAAGAUUAAAAACAAAACUGUUAUAAAUUUAUAAUAAAAUUUUAAAAUUGAAUAGAAUUUUGUUUGCUUCCAAAUUAUAUUGUACUAAUAUUAUUGUAAUGAAUAAGAAUUUUCAUUGAAAUUUUUCACAAAAUUAGUUCUUACAAUAAGAAG